AGUCGCUGGGAGCUGUGGCUAAGAGGCGGGCGGAACCGGCGAUGGCGGAGAAGUUUGACCACCUGGAGGAGCAUCUGGAGAAGUUCGUGGAGAACAUUCGGCAGCUCGGCAUCAUCGUCAGCGACUUCCAGCCCAGCAGCCAGGCGGGGCUGAGCCAGAAGCUGAACUUUAUUGUUACGGGCUUACAGGACAUAGAUAAAUGCAGACAGCAGCUGCACGAUAUCACGGUGCCUCUGGAAGUUUUUGAAUACAUUGAUCAAGGUCGGAAUCCCCAGCUCUAUACCAAAGAAUGCCUGGAGAGGGCUCUAGCUAAGAACGAGCAAGUCAAGGGCAAGAUCGACACAAUGAAGAAAUUUAAAAGCCUACUGAUUCAGGAACUUUCUAAAGUGUUUCCAGAAGACAUGGCCAAGUAUCGGAGCAUCCGGGGGGAAGAUCACCCUCCGUCCUAAGUGGGGAUCGAUCCUACGUCCGUGUGACAACAAAACUGACCCAGUGGGAAGCCGUGCCUGCCACUGCUGCCUUCCAGCCACAGGGACUGGCCUUGCCCCUACCUCCUGUUUCCAUCAUUUGACCUGCUGUCCCUGCAGCUCUCAGUCCCUCGGUGACCCCUUUUUUCUGCAGGGGAACAGGCAGGAAGACAGCUGUGCCGAGAUGUGAAAUGUGAUUGGGAUUCUACUUGACAUUUUCUUUGUAUGUAUGCUGUUCUGUUACACUAUCCAUGGGAGAAAACUCGGGUUUAUAUUUACAGUUUCAGAUGUUGUGCAUAAGAACAUAACUGUUUUCAUGGGUUUCAACUAGACAUAAUAAAGUCUAAAGUUUUACACUG